GGGGAAGGGCGAGCGAGCCGGAGAGGCGGGAGCCGGGCAGCAGCGCACCCCAGGCGGCUGCAGGCAGCGCCGGAGCGCGCCCGCCUCCCCACCUUGCCUCGCCGCCCUCGGGCACCUUUCGGGGCUCCGGGAGCGCGGGUGGCAGGAGGAGAAGCCCGAAGCCACUGGCCAUGGGGAUCGCUCCGCUGGCGGGCUAAGGAGGGGAGAAGGGGCAGCGCCCCCCACCCCCAGUCGGAUCCCAGUCCCCCAAAAAACUUUUCUGGCUGGAUGCGGAGCGCGGAUUUCGCCACGAGUGGAUAAAACUGCCGCGUGUCAGCGGUGGGGGGCUCCCCACGCCCCGGGGCUUUGCCAUCUUGGGGCGCCCUGCGAAGCGGGGGCUGGGCGCGGGGGGACCUUGUGCUUCCCCCGUUGGAGCAAUCGGGGGAUCCCCGCGGUGCCGAGCCCCGGGCCGAGGCGGGACCUCGUGCGGACAAGUCAAGGCAGCGCUACGUGUCCAGACCCCCCCACCCGCCUCGGGAACUGGGAGCGGAGCCUUUUCUCGCCCGGUGCUUGGGCGGCGCCGGCUGCGGGCCGAGGGCAGCGCGGAUGGGCCGUUUCCCUUAAGAUCGCCCCCUUCCCCGGGGGUCGGCGGCUGGUUUUCGGGGCGCCCCAGGAGCCUGCCUGCCGCAGCCAGCGAGACUUUGCACGGGCGGGAGGAGCAGCCCGAGCCGGCGGCGCGGACCGGGGAAAGGAUUAUAAAAGUCGGGGAAAGUUCCCUUCCCGCCCCCCGCGGACCAUGGCAGGGGGCGGCCGCUGGCAGCCCCUGCUGUGCAUCCUCCUCGCUCUCCAGGGGACCCCCGGCGCCGGGGCUCAAGAUGACGUUUCGCCGUAUUUCAAAACGGAGCCGGUCCGGAGCCAGGUCCACCUGGAAGGGAACCGCUUGGUCCUGACCUGCAUGGCCGAGGGCAGCUGGCCACUGGAGUUCAAGUGGCUUCACAACAACAAGGAGCUGACCAAGUUCUCUCUGGAAUACAGGUACAUGAUCACAUCACUGGACCGCACCCAUGCCGGCGUCUACCGCUGCAUCGUCCGCAAUCGGAUGGGGGCCCUCUUGCAAAGGCAGACGGAAGUCCAGGUGGCAUACAUGGGCAGCUUCGAGGAGAGCGAGACGCACCAGAGCGUGUCCCACGGUGAAGCGGCCGUCAUCCACGCCCCCCGCAUCGCCAGCUUCCCCCAGCCCCAGGUCACCUGGUUCCGGGACGGCCGGAAAAUCCCCCCCAGCAGCCGCAUAGCCAUCACGCUGGAGAACACCCUGGUCAUCCUGUCGACGGUGGCGCCCGACGCCGGCCGGUACUACGUGCAGGCCGUGAACGACAAGAACGGGGAUAACAAGACCAGCCAGCCCAUCACUCUCACCGUGGAGAAUGUCGGCGGCCCGGCCGAUCCCAUCGCUCCCACCAUCAUCAUCCCGCCCAGGAACACCAGCGUGGUGGCCGGCACCUCGGAAGUGACCAUGGAGUGCGUGGCCAACGCCAGGCCGCUGAUGAAGCUGCACAUCGUCUGGAAGAAGGACGGGGCGCUGCUCUCCAGCGGGCUCAGCGACUACAACCGCCGACUCACCAUCCUCAACCCCACGCUGGGCGACAGCGGGUACUACGAGUGCGAGGCCGUGCUGCGCAGCAGCAGUGUGCCCGCCGUGGCGGAGGGCGCCUUCCUCGCCGUGCUGGAGCCGCCCCAGUUUGUCCAGGAGCCGGAGAGACACGUCACGGCCGAGAUGGAGAAGGUGGUGACCAUCCCUUGCCAGGCCAAAGGCGUCCCGCCGCCAGCCAUGGCCUGGUACAAGGACGCGGCCCUCGUGCACGUGGAGAAGCUCUCGCGGUUCCGGCUGCUGGGCGACGGGAGCUUGCAGAUCAGCGGGCUGGUGCCCGAUGACACCGGCAUGUUCCAGUGCUUCGCCCGCAACGCCGCCGGCGAGGUGCAGACCUCCACGUACCUGGCAGUGACCAGCAUCGCUCCCAACAUCACCAAGGGCCCCCUGGACAGCACCGUGAUCGACGGCAUGUCCGUGGUUCUCAGCUGCGAGACCUCGGGGGCGCCGAGGCCGGCCAUCACCUGGCAGAAAGGGGAGCGGAUCCUGGCCAGCGGCUCGGUGCAGCUGCCGCGCUUCACCCUGCUGGAGUCGGGCAGCCUCCUCGUCAGCCCCACGCACAUCGCCGACGCCGGCAGCUAUACCUGCUUGGCCACCAACUCCCGUGGGGUGGACGAGGCCUCUGCGGACCUCGUCGUGUGGGCCCGCACCCGCAUCACCAGCCCCCCUCAGGACCAGAGCGUCAUCAAGGGAACCAAAGCCUCCAUGAGCUGCGGCGUCACCCACGACCCCAGCGUGGCUGUCAGGUACAUCUGGGAGAAGGACGGCACACCCGUCAGCGUGGACAGCAUCCCGCGGCUCCGGCUGGACGAGGAGGGCACCCUGCACAUCUCCCAGACCUGGUCCGGGGACAUCGGCACCUACACCUGCCGGGUCCUCUCCGCCGGGGGCAACGACUCCCGCAGCGCCCACCUGCGCGUCAGGCAGCUCCCCCAUGCCCCGGAGAACCCAGUGGCCUCGCUGAGCCCGCUGGAGAAACGUGCCAUCAACCUGACAUGGGCCAAGCCCUUCGAUGGGAACAGCCCCUUGCUGCACUACAUCCUCGAGGUCUCGGAGAACAAUGCCCCCUGGACCACCCUCAUGGCUAGCGUGGACCCUGAGGCGACCUCCGUGGUGGUGCGAGGCCUGGUGCCCGCGCGCUCCUAUCAGUUCCGCCUCUGCGCUGCCAACGACGUGGGCAAAGGGCAGUUCAGCCGGGACACCGAGAGGGUGUCCCUGCCGGAGGAGCCCCCCACCGCGCCCCCCCAGAACGUCAUCGCCAGCGGCAGGACCAACCAGUCCAUCAUGCUCCAGUGGCAGCCACCUCCUGAGAACCACCAGAACGGCCUCUUGAAAGGCUACCUCAUCAGGUUCUGCCUGGCCGGCCUGCCCGUCGGCUAUCAGUUCAAGAACAUCACCAACGCCGAGGUCAACAACCUGCUCCUGGAGGAUCUCAUCAUCUGGACCAACUACGAGAUCGAGGUGGCGGCGUACAACAGCGCCGGCCUGGGGGUCUACAGCGCCAGGGUGACCGAGUGGACCCUGCAGGGAGUUCCCACCGUGCCCCCGGGCAACGUACAGGCCGAGGCCACCAACGCCACCACCAUCCGCUUCACCUGGAACCCGCCCAGCCCCCAGUUCAUCAAUGGCAUCAACCAGGGAUACAAGCUGAUCGCGUGGGAGCCGGAGCAGGCAGAGGAGGUGACCAUGGUGACGGUGAGGCCCAACUUCCAGGACAGCAUCCACGUGGGCUACAUCGGGGGCCUGAAGAAGUUCACAGAGUACUUCACCUCCGUGCUGUGCUUCACCACGCCGGGCGACGGCCCGCGCAGCCCGCCGCAGCUGGUGCGCACCCACGAGGACGCGCCUGGCCCCGUGGGGCACCUCAGCUUCAGCGACAUCCUGGACACGUCGCUGAAGGUCAGCUGGCAGGAGCCCCUGGAGAAGAACGGCAUCUUGACCGGCUACCGGAUCUCCUGGGAGGAAUACAACCGCACCAACACACGGGUGACGCACUACCUGCCCAACGUCACCCUGGAGUACCGCGUCACCGGCCUCACCGCCCUCACCACCUACACCAUCGAAGUGGCCGCCAUGACAUCCAAGGGGCAGGGCCAGCUGUCCUCCUCCACCAUCUCCUCCGGGGUCCCUCCAGAGCUCCCCGGUGCGCCGACCAAUCUGGGCAUCUCCAACAUCGGCCCGCGCUCCGUCACACUCCAGUUCAGGCCGGGCUACGACGGGAAGACCUCCAUUUCCCGCUGGCUGGUGGAAGCUCAGGUGGGUCAAAUCGGCGAGAACGAGGAGUGGGAGCUUAUUCACCAGCUGGCCAACGAUCCCGACGCCCGCUCCAUGGAGGUGCCCAACCUCCACCCGUACAUGUACUACAGCUUCCGCCUGCGGCAGGUGAACAUCGUGGGCACCAGCCCGCCCAGCGUGCCCUCCAGGAGGAUGCAGACCCUGCAGGCUCCCCCGGACAUGGCGCCCGCCAACGUCACCCUGCGGACGGCCAGCGAGACCAGCCUGUGGCUGCGCUGGAUGCCGCUCCCGGAGCUGGAGUACAACGGGAACCCGGAGUCGGUGGGCUACAGGCUGCGGUACACGCGGGCGGACGGGCGGGGCAGGACGGUGGCGCACGUGAUCCAUGACCGGGUGGAGCGGGAAUACACCAUCGAGGACCUGGAGGAGUGGACGGAGUACCGUGUGCAGGUGCAGGCCUUCAACGCCAUCGGGGCCGGGCCCUGGAGCCACGUCGUGCUGGGGCGUACCAGGGAGUCAGUCCCCUCGUCCGGCCCCACCAACGUGUCUGCGCUGGCCACCACCUCCAGCAGCAUGCUGGUCCGAUGGAACGAGAUCCCUGAGGCAGAUCGCAACGGGCUCAUCCUUGGCUACAAGGUCGUGUACAAGGAGAAGGACUCGGACGCGCGGGCCCGGUUCUGGCCGGCGGAGGGGAACGCCUCCCGCAGCGCCCAGCUCGCGGGCCUGGGCAAGUACGUGCUGUAUGAGAUCCGUGUGCUGGCCUUCACCCGGAUCGGAGACGGCGCACCCAGCUCCCCGCCCAUCCUGGAGAGGACUCUGGACGACGUGCCCGGGCCCCCAGUGGGCAUCCUCUUCCCAGAAGUGAGGACCACCUCAGUCCGGCUGAUCUGGCAGCCUCCAUCCGCGCCUAACGGCAUCAUUCUAGCGUACCAGAUCACCCACCGCCUGAACACCACCAGCGCCAACGCCGCCACCGUGGAGGUGCUCAACCCCAGCGCCCGCCAGUACACGGCCGCCGGCCUGCAGCCAGAGUCGACCUACCUCUUCCGCAUCACGGCGCAGACCCGCAAAGGCUGGGGCGAGGCGGCCGAGGCGCUGGUGGUGACCACCGAGAAGAGAGACCGCCCGCAGCCCCCCAGCAAGCCCGUGGUGCAGCAGGAGGACGUGAAGGCCCGCAGUGUGCUGCUGUGCUGGGAGCCGGGCAGCGACGGCCUCUCCCCGGUCCGGUACUACACCGUGCAGACCCGCGAGCUGCCGGCUGGCGAGUGGACACUGCACUCCGCCUCCGUCAGCCACAAUGCCACCUCCUUCGUCGUGGACAGGUUGAAGCCCUUCACCUCCUACAAGUUCCGCAUCAAGGCGACCAACGACAUUGGGGACAGCGAAUACAGCCAGGAGUCGGAGUCACUCACCACCCUGCAGGCCGCCCCAGAGGAAGCCCCCACCAUCCUCUCGGUCACGCCUCACACCACCACCUCCGUCCUGAUCCGCUGGCAGCCCCCCAACGAGGACAAGAUCAAUGGGAUCCUGCUGGGUUUCCGGAUCCGCUACCGCGAGCUGGUCUACGACGGGCUGCGCGGCUUCACCAUGCGCAGCAUCAGCAGCCCCGGCGCCAAGUGGACGGAGCUCACCCCAGGGUACGCCGUGCGGAACCUGACCGGAGCCGACCUCACGCACCAUCAACUGGACAAUCUGAGCAAGCACAGGCGUUACGAGAUCCGCAUGAGUGUGUACAACGCCGCGGGCGAGGGGCCCUCCAGCCCCCCCCAGGAGGUCUUCGUAGGCGAGGCGGUGCCCACCGCCCCGCCGCAGAAUGUGGCCGUUCAGACCGCCACGGCCACCCAGCUGGACGUCACGUGGGAGCCGCCGCCCCUGGAGGCGCAGAAUGGUGACAUCCAGGGCUAUAAGAUCUAUUUCUGGGAGGCCCAGCGCCAGAAUGGCACGGAGCGGGUGAAGACGCUCUUCCUGCCCGAGAACGGGGCCAAGCUGAAGAACCUCACGGGAUACACCUCGUACCUGAUCACUGUCUCGGCCUUCAACGCAGCCGGGGACGGGCCCCGCAGCACCCCCGUCAGGGGCAGGACGCAGCAGGCAGCCCCCAGCGCCCCCAGCACCAUCCGGUUCAGCGAGCUGACCACCACCUCGGUGAACGUCUCCUGGGAGCCACCUCUGCUGCCCAACGGCAUCCUGGAAGGGUACAGGCUGGUCUAUGAGCCCUGCACGCCUGUGGACGGCGUGAGUAAGAUCGUGACGGUGGACGUGAAGGGGAACAGCCCCCUGUGGAUGAAGGUGAAGGACCUGGCGGAGGGCGUGACAUACCGGUUCCAGAUCCGGGCCAAAACCUUCACCUACGGGCCCGAGAUCGAGGCCAAUAUCACCACAGGGCCGGGGGAAGGUGCCCCCGGACCACCGGGCGAGCCCUUCAUCUCCCGGUACGGCUCAGCCAUCACGAUCCACUGGGCGAAUGGGGAUCCCGGCAAGGGGCCCAUCACCCGAUACGUCAUCGAGGCCCGGCCCUCAGAUGAGGGGCUGUGGGACAUCCUCAUCAAGGACAUCCCCAGGGAGGUGACCUCCUACACCUUCAGCAUGGACAUCCUCAAGCAGGGGGUCAGCUACGACUUCCGGGUCAUCGCCGUCAAUGACUAUGGCUACGGGACGCCCAGUGCACCCUCCCCUUCUGUCUCAGCCCAGAAAGCCAACCCCUUCUACGAGGAGUGGUGGUUCCUGGUGGUCAUCGCCUUGGUCGGGCUCAUCUUCAUCCUCCUGCUGGUCUUCAUCCUCAUCAUCCGCGGGCAGAGCAAGAAGUAUGCCAAGAAAUCAGACUCAGGCCUGUCUCGGGGAGCAGGCAGGUCCAGGAGGGUCGGCCCAGGAGUCCGAGCUGGUUCCGUAGCCGGGUGUGUGAUGUGCGGGUUCCCCCCGGGGCGGGGCGCUGCCCCAGCUGACGGCUCCCCUCCCGCUCCGACAGGGAACAACUCCAAGGCGAACGCGCUGAGCCACGGGGAGAUGGUGAGUCUGGACGAGGGCAGCUUCCCUGCCUUGGAGCUCAACAACCGGCGCCUCUCCGUCAAGAACUCCUUCUGCAGGAAGAACGGGAUCUACACCAGAGCUUCCGUGUCCCUGCCGAGGUCCCCGCCGCGGCCCAGCCCCGGGAGCCUGCAUUACUCCGACGAGGACGUCACCAAGUACAACGACCUCAUCCCGGCCGAGAGCAGCAGCCUGACGGAGAAGCCCUCGGAGAUCUCGGACUCCCAGGGGAGCGACAGCGAGUACGAAGUGGAUCAGAACCAGCAGAAGGCCCACUCCUUCGUCAACCACUACAUCAGCGACCCCACCUACUACAACUCCUGGCGGCGCCAGCAGAAGGGCAUCUCCCGGGCCCAGGCCUACAGCUACACGGAGAGCGAUUCCGGCGACCCCGACCACUGCCCCUUGUCCAACAGCACCAGCACCCAGCAAGGCAGCCUCUUCCGGCCCAAAGUCAGUAGGACUCCAACCCCCCAGACGCCCGUCAACCCCCCCAGCCAGCAGAGCACCCUGUACCGCCCCCCCAGCAGCCUGGCGCCGGGCUCUCGAGCCCCCAUUGCGGGAUUUUCUUCUUUUGUUUGAUGGUUUCAAAAGAAAUAAAGAAAAGCGAAAAAGGACAAGAAAUCCCAAACCCACGUUUACGUCCAGAGUUAUUUUUUCCGAGGCAAAGGAGAUGUCCCGGCAGGGCGAGCCCAGCGCCGGCCGGGGAGAGACAAGCGGACCCGGUUCGGAGUCUAAUCAUUUGCUGCUUCCAGAGGCACAUGGAGCCCUAUAGAAGGGACACCCCCUGAAAGGAUCUUUGCAAAAGCUUGCAGGGCCGCGAGUCCGUCUGUGGGGGGCCUUCUCUUCUCUUUGAGGCUGAGGCGCAGAGAGGAAAGUUACAGGGUAAAGGACGGCAGUUGGCGGGCUCCCGGCCGACGCUGGUGUCUCCACAGGGCGCUGGCUCCUUGCGGGCGGGUUUACUCAAGGGCCUUUGCUGACAGGACAGACCCACCCCUUGUGGGCCAAAGCUUUCUUUGUGCGCUCCCUGAAAGGCCAGCCAGCUAGCGUCCAGAGGAGCGGGGCGUGCAAGAGCCAUCGGCCAGCGUGGUCGCACAAAACUUCAACCGGCAAACCCACGCCAGUGACCAACGGUGUCCUCGGCCCAGCACCGCAGAGCCUGACGUGGGAUGGGAACGGUGCUGCUCUUCCGCUCAGCGUUAGGUGGGAACAACGCCUGCAGGCACCUUGCUUCCCAGUGGGCCACAGACGUGCCCGAUGGCCCACGUGCUGCACAUGGGACCCGCUUUUCCAGGCUGCCCGCUCGGCUCGCCGGUCCCUCCUCUGCCAGUCUCCCCGUGACACGCCAUGUCAGAGUGUGGAAAACUGACAAACCGAAACACAAAGCCCGUAGGCAGCCGUUUGGUUUGCUGCAUUGGGGCGGGAUGUGGGGGGUGGAGAGUGGAUUUGGGGGGGACGGGGAUGCUGGAGUUGUGAUCGAUUUACUUGAAUCCUUCUGGAGGAGACAUCCCCCUCCCAGCCCCCCUUAUCCCUGGCGAGAAGCUGGGAAGGGGGCCUCUGCGGUCGAACUGCGCCACGGGGCAGGUGACCAGCACGGGGGCAUCGCUUAUCGGCACAGCAAUUCAUUUCUUCCUUCCUUGGCCCCAUCCUGGAGGGGGGGAGGGAAAGGAAAAUGCCCCGGGUCCCGGGAUGGUUGUGGGGCGAGAUGUACCCUCCGCCUACAACGUGGUCCUCUCCCCCUGGCUUGGGACGGACGCCGCCCCUUUAACUCCAGCAGAACAGAGGGGGCGGGGCGGGGCUCUGCUGGUGUGAUGGACUGGCAGCCGCAGUCUUCGUUUUGUGUUGUUUUAGUGCCCAGGUUUGGCGGGGGAUGCGAGGGGAGGGGGCCAGAAUCGGGAUGAGGGGGAUCGGUGGUGGUGGUUGUUUCCAGCAUCGCAAAACACACACAGUGCCUACUUGUCAGCUGGAUCCCGAACUCCUCAGCCGUCUUCCCUUCUGCGCGGGUGCGAAGUACGAGCUGGAGGGUCCGGCUGUCUCCUGCUGUGUCCCCAUCCUUCUGCAGAGGGGGCCCGGAGCUGUCACCGUGGUGAUUAGCCCCACGUGCUCUCGCCCGUAUUUGCACAUUCUUGGCCCAGGCUGGUUGACAGAGGAUUGAACCUGGUGCGUGGGGUCCCUUUAAUAAAGACUCAAAAGCG